GGUUCUUGGGCAGGGUUCCUGGAGAGACGGCGUGUCGGGAGCCAAAGGCUCUCACCUGGGUGGUCUGGGGAGUGUUGACACGUGGGAGGGGAGGAACAGAGACGCCACUGGAGGACGCGCUGACUGGGGGACCGGAAGCCAAGUGGGUGGGGUUCCGCCAGGGUCCGCGUGUCAGUCCCCUCUGGUGAUCUCGUUGUCCCUUCUCUGCCAGGCAACAUGUCGGAAGGAAACGCCGCCGGCGAGCCCAGCACUCCGGGAGGGCCCCGACCCCUCCUGACCGGGGCCCGGGGGCUCAUCGGGCGGCGGCCGGCGCCCCCCCUCACCCCCGGCCGCCUUCCCUCCAUCCGUUCCAGGGACCUCACCCUCGGGGGAGUCAAGAAGAAAACCUUCACCCCAAAUAUCAUCAGUCGGAAGAUCAAGGAAGAGCCCAAGGAAGAAGUAACUGUCAAGAAGGAGAAGCGUGAGAGGGACAGAGACCGACAGCGAGAGGGGCAUGGACGAGGGCGAGGCCGCCCAGAAGUGAUCCAGUCCCACUCCAUCUUUGAGCAGGGCCCAGCCGAAAUGAUGAAGAAAAAAGGAAACUGGGAUAAGACAGUGGAUGUGUCAGACAUGGGACCUUCUCAUAUCAUCAACAUCAAAAAAGAGAAGAGAGAGACAGACGAAGAAACGAAACAGAUCCUGCGCAUGCUGGAGAAGGACGAUUUCCUCGAUGACCCCGGGCUGAGGAACGACACUCGAAAUAUGCCUGUGCAGCUGCCCCUGGCUCACUCGGGAUGGCUUUUUAAGGAAGAAAAUGACGAACCAGAUGUUAAACCGUGGCUGACCGGCCCCAAGGAAGAGGACAUGGAGGUGGACGUACCUGCUGUGAAAGUGAAAGAGGAGCCUCGAGAUGAGGAGGAGGAGGCCAAGAUGAAGGCUCCUCCCAAAGCAGCCAGGAAGACUCCAGGCCUCCCGAAGGACAUAUCUGUGGCAGAGCUUCUCAGGGAGCUGAGCCUCACCAAGGAGGAGGAACUGCUGUUUCUCCAGCUGCCAGACACCCUCCCUGGCCAACCGCCCACCCAGGACAUCAAGCCCAUCAAGACAGAGGUACAGGGCGAGGAUGGCCAGAUGGUGCUCAUCAAGCAGGAGAAGGACCGGGAAGCCAGACUGGCAGAGAAUGCUUGUACCCUGGCUGACCUGACAGAGGGUCAGGUUGGCAAGCUACUCAUCCGCAAAUCUGGAAGGGUGCAGCUCCUCCUGGGCAAGGUGACUCUGGAUGUGACCAUGGGAACCGCCUGCUCCUUCCUGCAGGAGCUGGUGUCCGUGGGCCUUGGAGACAGUAGGACAGGGGAGAUGACAGUCCUGGGACACGUGAAGCACAAACUUGUAUGUUCCCCUGAUUUUGAGUCUCUCUUGGAUCACAAACACCGGUAAAAUGAGCAGAUGGAGGAGGACGGCGCCUGUGCCCGCGGCUGCUGCCUGCUCCAGACAUUUUGUUCUUGAAUCUGUGAGACCCAGAAGGGGCCCACUGAGCCUAUCCACUCCAGCCUUUGGCAGCCAUUGUCCCAGAUUCCCCUGGGCUUCCUCCCACAGCAGCUGUCAAUGGCACAGUGACCUUCCUGCAGCAUGGAGUUGGCAUAUCUUUGCUGCUGGGGACUUGGCCCUGCUAUUUAUUUUUAUAUUUAUGUCUUAAUCUCUUCCACUGAUGCAUCCUACCAAGGUAGGUGGGGAGGGUCUGUGGGAAGGGGCUGGCUUCUCCUGGGGGCUGUUGGGCUGCAGGGACGGAAGUGUGAGAACUGCAGCUUCUGCUGAUGCUCCGUCCCUCCUCCUAGAAGCAGCAUCAGAGAGAAAGCAAGGAUUGAAUCUGAGACUUAAGCACUUGGUCCCAGCUUGCCAGUUCCUGGUUCUGCGUCCUUGGACAAACUACCUAACCUUUCUGAGCCUCCUAUUCGUCAUCCAACGCAAGCGUGAGCAGGUUCUCCCUUUCUGACUGUAAGAUACAUGAGCUGAACAAAGAUGCUCGAUUCUCCCUCGCAGAGGGUUCAUGUGUUGACAUGGAGCAGUGGGCCCAGCCUCAGAUGUCCCUUUUUAGAUAAGUCACGGAAGACUUGAAACGUGUUGUCUCUUGCCCCUCUCCGUAACCAGUACCUCCUUCCCACUCCCUGGCUAAAUGACAGUGGAGCAGAUGGGGCCAAAGGGCUGGUAACAGUGUGCUGGUAUGGAUGGUGGUCACGUGAUAGCCUUCCAUUUCUAUCACUCAGGCAGUGAAAGAGGAGCCGUGAGAAGAGGAGGCUUGGGGAUGAUACCUACCGCCCAGGGUUGGCGUGAGGAUUCAUGGGCUGUUAGAGAUGAAAACCCCUGCACAAGGCCGGAACCAGUAGGCACUCAGUAAAUGUUCGUGUCCUUUUCCUCUACCUGAGUCUAUAUUCAAACAAAAUAGAGAUUCCAAGUCUCAAAAGCAGUGACUAGAGCUGCUCCUGUCCUUGCUCUUGCCUCUUCCUGCUUUAUAUCCCGCCCUCACCCUGGGCCUGAUGACCUAAAUUUACGGGGUCAGGCUGUUCUAUGCCUUUUUCUCCUGGCUCCUCUUAGCCAGGCUAUUCCUGUGUGAGUUGCUGUAAUAGCUGUGGGUCAUAGGAAGAGAUCAGAGACCCCUCCCAGCACCCUGCAAAAGCCUUUGGGGGACAUGGUGUGCCAAGGACAUGUUCUUGCACUCCUACCUUUAUAGUUAUUACUCACGUAUGAGCUGAAGUCAAAUAUUGCUAACAAAAAACUAAACCCUUGGUAAGAGAAGUCAGGGGUGUAUUGAACAGUGGCCUCUUUGACACUUGGCUGAUGAUGCCGACUUCAGAAACUUCAGGAUCAGAGGCUUCCCACUGUCUCCUGUCCUAGCACUGCCAGAGCCAUCUACUCAGUGUUACUUUUUUGGGACUGUGAUCUUGUUCUUUUUACCUGGUCAUCGUACUGCGUUAUCUCUGGAGGAACAGCUUCUCCCCUGUCUUGACAGUAUGGUUGGGGUUUUCCCUCGUUCAGGUGGUUAGACGCUUGCGGGUUAAAAAAAGGCCUCAUGCGGUGGCGUGUGUGGCUGUUAGACGAUGGCACAGCUUCCCUUUGCUGGUGUCAUGGCACAUGGCCUCUGGGACAGAAUGAACCAUAGGGGCUUAGGAAAAACUGUUUCCUGCCCACCCUCAUCCCCGAUUUCUAGUGGCUCCUUAGAUUUUGGGUAUGUCUUCCUUCAGGCUCACCUUCCUUCUUUUCGAAGCUCCUCAAGCCUGUUACUCAUUUGUCAAGGCUGGGCUUUUCCGACAGAGCCCUCAACCUGCCCGCCCAGCAGCUCUGAGGCUGACCACAUCACCCUUUCUGGAGCUGAAGUUCAUCUCAGCUCCAUUGGAUAGUGGUGUUCUGGGCUCUUCUCAUUGUAGAGGACUGGAGCAGAAAGGGUUCCUUGGAAACAUGUGCUGGGAAGCCCUCUUUGGUGGGCUAACCUUUGAUUAGCUGUGGGCUUCAGCCCUUCCUUCCUUCAGAUAGCUGAUGCACUGCCAGCUGGUCGCCAUUCUCAUCCUCUCUUUGCGUUCUGUUUCUUUGGUUCAGAAAUACUCUCUUUUGCUUUUUUUUUGGAUGAACUCAAUUGCCCAAUGUUAGAUAUUGGGUAUUUUUCAAUCUUUAGUUUUCUGACUCUUCCAAGAAAGUUUGAGGAAGAGCAUGCACUGCUUUUGCGUUCAUUUCACCUGUUCAGUUGUCUUGGCUUGAACCUUAUGACUCUGCAUCAAAGUCCACACGGCCUGUCCCUAAAUCCCUGAUGCACAAAUUAGGUCUCAUCAAUAAAUGUGGGCAAAGAGAGGAGAGUCUGCUUUCUUGGUUGGGCUCUGAGGCAUGCAUUUCUACCAAGGAAUAUGUACAAAUGGCAGAGGAGAGAAGCCCAAAGCCGAUUCAUACAUGAGUGCAAGUGGAUGCAAAUUUGCUGCUAACUGCAUCCGUGCAUAUGCUUUUUGUUAAAUAGAGAAAGAAGGGACAACAGGCUUAUGCAGAUUUCUAACUACAUGGUUAAGUGGCAGAGUCUGGGCUGUCGAGUCAUGGCUGGGUUUGAAUGCGACUCCACCAGUGAACUUUGGGUUGGAAAAAAAUCCCUUACCCUCUUUAAGCUUGAUUUUAUUUAUUUUAUGUAAGAAUGAGA